AUGCAGCGCCCAACAUAUCCCAACCCGCCUGCGAAUUCACCUCCUCUGCACCAUCCCGUCCCACAGCAUGUUUCCACAGUGCCGCAGUUGCGAUCACCUCCUCCGCCACAACCUCCAUCUCAACCUCACAGCGGAUAUGGAUACGCAGGGCAGCAAGGGGGACCUGGAGCAGGCGGGGGUGGAGGCUACAAUAACAACAUGCAUCCAGCGUUUGGCGGGUUCAUGAACGACCCUACAGCACAGAUGGGAUUCCAGAUUGGAAAGAGUGCGGUGAAUGCGGGUCAGGAAUACAUGGAGCAGAACUUCGGACGCUUCGUCAAUGUAUCUGCCCUGAAACACUACUUCAACGUCUCCAACUCGUAUGUCGUGACGAAACUGUACAUCGUCCUCUUCCCCUGGUGGCACCGACCUUGGUCGCGGCAGCAGCGUCUACACAACGGGCAGGAGGGAUUCUAUCUCCCACCACGAGAAGAUGUCAAUUCUCCAGACAUGUACAUUCCAAUGAUGGCCUUAGUGACCUACAUCCUCCUCUCAACGCUCUUCGCCGGCCUCCGGGGAGCCUUCAACCCAGAGCUCCUAGGCUACACCGCGACGCUCGCAAUCUCCGUCAUGCUCCUCGAGAUCCUGACCAUCAAGGUCGGCACCUUCCUCCUCAGCAUCUCCUCCUCCUCCCAGCUCCUCGACCUCGUCGCCUACUCCGGCUACAAGUUCGUCGGCGUCAUCAUCUCCCUCAUACUCUCCGAGCUCCUGAGCCACAUCGGCCUCGGCGGUUCCUGGGCCGGCUGGGUCGUCUUCCUCUACUGCUUCGGCGCCAACGCCUUCUUCCUGCUCAGGAGCCUGCGGUACGUCCUCCUGCCCGACCAGAGCGGCGGAAGUGGCGUGGGCGGUCCCGCUGCAGGCUACACGGUCGCCAGGAGCCAGAGGAACAGGCGGACCCAGUUCCUGUUCGUGUACAGCUACGUCAUCCAGUUCGGCUUCAUGCUCUGGUUGAGCAAGGUCUGA